UGUCGCUCCCAUGUCAUGCCACGCGGCACCCUUCUCCGGAAAAGAGUGUACGAGAGGCGGAGAAUCAGCACCAAGUACGGACGAUGGCGUUCGCUCUUCCUAAAAAAUCUCCACCUUCUCCUGCUGCGGCCUCUGCUGUUUUGCUGUAGGAGAAGAAGAGAAACAGCGGGGGUGGGGAGAAGGGUUUUGGAGGAGAUGCUGUCGCUGGUUCUCCCUCGUCCCGGCGCGCUCUUCGGCGUCGGCGGGGGAAGCCCUAGAAAGGGGGCCCGCCCCUGCUGCGCGAGCCUGCGCGAGAUGGAGAAGCCCCCGGCGGAGAGGCUCCGGGGGCCGGCGCCGGAGAUGCCGGGGAUACGGGAGGCGAAGAGGGUGGUGCUGGUGCGGCACGGGCAGAGCACGUGGAACGAGGAGGGGAGGAUCCAGGGGAGCUCCGACCACUCCGUGCUCACCCCCAAGGGCGAGUCCCAGGCCGAGACCUCUCGCCAGAUGCUUCUCUCCGACUCCUUCGACGCCUGCUUCACCAGUCCCCUGAUUCGAUCUAGGAGAACGGCUGAGGUCAUUUGGGGAGCUCGGAAGGAGGAGAUGAUUACUGACGCCGACUUGCGGGAAAUUGAUCUUUACUCGUUCCAAGGUCUAUUGAAGCACGAGGGGAAGGAGAAGUUUGGAAGUGCAUUUCGCCAGUGGCAAAAGGACGCCGCAAAUUUUAGCAUUGAUGGCCACUAUCCUGUGAGAGAAUUAUGGGACCGAGCGCGAGGCUGCUGGAACAGAAUAUUGGCUCAUGAUGGGAAAUCGGUGCUUGUUGUCGCUCACAAUGCAGUUAACCAGGCUCUGGUUGCGACAGCUUUGGGGCUUGGGACGGAGUACUUUAGGAUUCUACUCCAAAGUAACUGUGGAGUGAGUGUGUUGGAUUUCAUCCCCAAAUUUGAUGGUGGCCGUCCAGAUAUAAGCCUCAACCGCUUAAAUCAGACUCCAAAUUCUCCAAUUGCUGCUGGAAGUUCUGGAGGAAGAAAAACAAGCAAGAGGAUUGUUUUAGUUUGUCAGGGAGUGACACAGAGCAGUUCCGAGGUCAGUUUGGCCAAUAUUGGGUAUGAACCAAUGAACAUGCUUGGGGUUAUACAGUCUCAGAAAACUGCGGAGUUACUCUUAGACUUGAAUGUGAAUACUAUUCUGUGCAGCCCACGAAUAGCUGCAGUUGAUACUGCGACAGCUAUAUCUGAGGUUCAAGAGGCUGCAGACUGUUUAGGAGCAGACUGCAUGCCGCGUAAUGUUGAAGUGAAGAAAAUGCUGGACCUUGAAGUUGAACCUAUUUUUCAGCAAACACGAAAGAAGUUGGAAGAAACUACAGUUUCUCAAUCUGGUUGGUUGCAUGGUUUCGAUGAUCGGGUCUUAGAAGAGUUAUGGAAUAAGUCAAAGAAAGCAUGGCAAACCCUUGUACAAGAAUUGUCCAAUGAUGAAUCAAAAGCAGACGGAAAUUUGGUGGUUGUGGGGCACCCUGCCAUUCAUAAAGCAUUACUGAGUCACUGUCUUAAAUUAACCAUGGAUUGGAUACCAUAUUUCCAUCUAGAUUCAGGUAGCAUCAGCGUGAUUGAUUUUCCUGAUGGACCGGCAGGAAGAGGCGUGGUCCGAUGCACCAAUUACACUGCACACCUGGGGAGAUGGUCUAUACCGAUAACGAGAUCGACAUCAGAUGAUGAAGAGUUCUAGCCGAACUCACAGGUACUUCUCUUUCAUUUCCUAUUGAAGAGUGAUUUGGAAAGUGGGAUCAUGUAUAUGUAUAUUCCAUCUAAGUGUACAUAAUAUAUCAGCUUUCGAACUACAAAGAUGCAUUAGUCUUCAUCAUAGUUCGAGUUCAUGUACCAGCUUAUUCUUUAUACCACUCGGAGACUUAGGUUAGCUGAUGGUUGUGUAUAGCAGAUUCUAGCGAAGAGUAAGUUACAAAGUUACUCUUUUGGCAGUUGCUAUGUCAUUGCUUCAGUUUUGGUUGAUAUUAUAUCAAGCAAAGUGCUUACUUUUUCUGGAUA